AUGGCAGACGAAAGGAUUGAGAAGUCCGCCGCAGAGCAGCAUGAGGCCGUGGCCGAGACGGAGGAGACCCGCGUCGCUCACGAUGCUCUCAACGGCAAAUACAGCCCCUGGACUGUGGCGAUGAUCCGUCUUUACAUUGUUCUGAUCGUUCCAUAUCUGUGUGGAACCCUGAAUGGAUUUGACGGCAGCCUGAUGGGUGCGAUCAAUGCCAUGACCUCGUACCAGGACUUUUUCGACAUGAAGUCGGCAGGGUCCAGCACCGGUAUUGUCUUUGCAAUGUACAACAUUGGGUCUAUCCCUGCCGUGUUCUUCACCGGUCCUGUAAAUGACUACUGGGGCCGCCGCGUGGGUAUGUUCAUUGGAGCGGUAAUCAUCAUCAUUGGCACUUGUGUCCAGAGUCCUUCUGUGAACCGGGGCAUGUUCCUUGCGGGACGUUUUAUCUUGGGCUUUGGCGUCAGCUUCUGCUGCGUGUCGGCUCCCUGUUACGUCAGUGAGAUGGCGCAUCCCGCCUGGCGCGGCACCAUCACUGGGCUCUACAACUGCACAUGGUACAUUGGGUCUAUAUUGGCCUCUUGGGUCGUCUAUGGAUGUGCCAAGCUGGAUAACCCCGAUUCCUUCCGUAUUCCCAUCUGGUGCCAACUAAUCUCCUCCGUCUUCGUCGCCAUCGGCGUCUGGUUCAUUCCGGAGUCGCCACGCUGGCUCAUGGCGCAGGAUCGAGCGGAGGAUGCUGCCAAGGUGCUCGCCAAAUAUCACGGAGAUAGCGACCCUAACCACCCCAUCGUCGUGCUGCAGAUGAGGGAAAUGAGGGAGAGUAUCGCCACCGACGGCUCCGACAAGGCCUGGUGGGACUAUCGCGAGCUAUACACUGGCCACUCUGCGCGUCGCCGGCUCAUCUGUGCCAUUGGAAUGGCGUGUUUUGGUCAGCUUUCCGGCAACUCCGUCACCAGCUACUAUCUCCCAGUCAUGCUCGAGAACGCCGGAAUUGUAUCCGAAGGCCGGAAGCUCCUUCUGAAUGGUAUCUACGCCCCGCUCUCAUUCCUCGGUGCGAUUCUCGGUGCGAGAAUGACCGAUACCAUCGGUCGCCGCCCGCUCCUCAUUUACUCGCUCCUUUUCUGCUCCGUUGCCUUUGCCAUCAUUACCGGAACUUCGAAGCAGGCCACGGAAGAUCCAAGCAAUACCGCCGCAGCCAACACAACCAUCGCAUUCAUCUACCUGUUCGGAAUCAUCUUCUCGUUUGGCUGGACACCCUUGCAGUCGAUGUACAUUGCAGAAACCCUCACAACCACGACUCGCGCCAAGGGCACAGCGGUCGGUAAUCUCGCAUCGUCGAUCAGCAGCACCAUCAUCCAGUACAGCUCCGGCCCGGCGUUCGACAACAUUCACUACUACUUCUAUCUGGUCUUCGUGUUCUGGGACUUGGUUGAAAUCGUCAUCAUCUGGUUCUUUUUCCCAGAGACCAAAGACCGAACUCUCGAGGAGCUGGAGGAGGUCUUUUCUGAUCCGAACCCUGUUAAACGGAGUUUGGUUAAGCGUGAUGCUGGAACGGUUCUCAAUACGAUGCAGGUGGAGUCUGCGAAUAAGGAGGUUCAGGUCUAGGCGCGGAAUGUUGCAUACUGGUAUGUGCGCAUGCGCGGCUUCGACGAUUGGGGCAUUUAUAUAAUGUGCAUUGGAUGAGCAUAGUAGCCUAUGGACGUGAUGAGACAAGAGGAACA